AUGAAUAGUGAAAACAUUCUAUUAAUAUCAGAUAGACCAUUGCAUUUAGAUACAAUAUUUCCAAUUAAAUUUUAUGGUGAAUAUUAUAAAACAGUUAAAAUCUUAUCAAACGGUAUUAUAAAUAUUAUUGAGUCAAAUUUGGGGAAAUUAUCUGGAAGCAUUAAAGUAUUUUAUGGAGUUUGGAAAACGGGACAAGUGGAUAUUAUUCAAAAUGCACAAAUAACAUGCACAAUACAUGUUAAUGGGAACAUAUCAAUUUUCUUUGAAACAAUACCGAAUGGAACAUUUAAUGAAACAGAAGAAUCUAUGCCUGGAAGUCCUAUAUAUUAUCCAACGAAUAUUCAAAGUAGGUUGAAUUUCAUAUAA